AUGGUAAGUCUGAGCGAUGCCAGUGCUUCUGGUGGAGACUCCACCUCUCAACGACAGUAUUGCUCCUCUUUAGCUCGGCUAUCAGAGAUAGCUGGGAAGUUUAUACUGGAGAAUGAGGAGAGGAGUCCACAGGACUCGCAGAAUUUGAAACUUGUGCUGCAGCAGUGUAUCGAUACUCUGUCGAAUUAUAAAGAUCAGGGGAAGAGACUGAAGAAUUUGCAUUUGAAUGGACAGCGGGCAGACGCGCAAGUGUUUGAACUGUACGAAAGUGCGUACAUUUACUAUAAAAUCAUGCAUCUGUUGGUGUUAAGCAGAAUACCGAAUUUUAUUCAGUUCCAAACUUUGAAAGCUAAAAAUGGUCUUAGCAAGAACGAGAAGGAGCUAUUGGAUAUUUACAACACUUUGGUGAAGACGUUACUCCAUGAUGAAAAUAUCACUCCAAUUAAGAUGUUCAUCAAGGCACAUUCGAGACCAGAUACCUCCGUACAGAGGGAUAAAGGUACGCCACUUCCGGCAACAGGGUCGCCCAUAUUUCUAGAUCAACUAGACGAAAUUCUCCGUGACCAUGACAGUUCACAGGUUCUGUUUAUUGACGUGAGAACAAGACUGGAUUUCAAUAAGGGUCAUUUUAAGGUGCCGAACAUAAUAUGCAUAGAACCUGUAUCCUUCAAAUCAUCGUACUCGGAUCAUGACCUAGAGAAAAAAUCGAUGAUUACCUCGACAAACGACGAGAUCGUCCUGUUCCACAGAAGACAAGAGUUCGCCUUUAUUGUAUUGUACUCAAAUGACACUGAUAAAAAGUCCGGAAUAGUUUAUAAGGAGAGGAAAACACUCUUGGCAAAUUUAUUGUUGAAUCACUCCUUUGAAAAACCUUUGUCCAAUAGACUAUACGUUCUCGAAAAUGGAUUCGAUAGUUGGACCAAACAGGGGAGAGAAUUGGUUCGACUGGACGCAGAUCCAGUUGCCAACGGGAAACUGGAACAGAACGGUACAACUGAGGAUAGCGCCAUUUAUACAAAUGGUAACACGUCUCGUCUCAGCCUGCAGCAUUUGCCCAAGAUGUCGCCGAGCAUAGGCGUCAAGAUGGACCAAUCCAUGAAAGAUAUGAUGUCAUCUACGGCACCCGCGGCAAUAAAUACACCACAUCUUUUACGGCAACAAUCGCCUAAUGACUUAAACAACGGUAGCACACUUCUUAGGAGAACGGCGAGUUUAAAGAAAAUUUUCCCCAGUUUCAUGAACUCUUCUCCAUCUUCAAACUCGAGGGAAGGCUCAGCUAGACCCAGUUCACCGAAAUUGUACAUCGAACCUACUCAAAAUUCACAACUAUAUUCCAACAGUACGCCUGUAACGUCAUCCUUGCCGAAAAUGGGCAUACACCGUACGUCGUCCCGAUCAAAUUAUACACAGUACCCAGAGACUCCACUUUUGCAAAACGAUAGAGCAUCUAGUUUGAGCCCAGGAGACAUGAGUAUAACGCCAAUAAACACUAGAUGCAAACCCUCGUUUACCAAAUCUAGCUCUCCCCAAACUUACGAAAUUACUAACGGUAAGAGUGGCACGACGUCGACGCCCUUAUCCAAUACCAUACAAUCGUCCUCUCCGAGUCAAGCGACUGGUUCGAGCCAAGUCCAAUAUCCACAGAUAUCACAUCCAAUAGAUGAGAAAUUAAAUCCCCUCAUGGGCUCAAAGGUUCCUAAUUCCCCCCAGUUGCCACCCUUACCUUCAAAAUCGGUAUCAACAAACAAAAUUGUAACAGCAAGUUCGAAAUCACACUUACCAAAUAAUUCAAUUUUAACUAGCACUGGAAAUCAUGUUGCCGAGUCCACUGGCCCACAAUUUGAUCUGGAUUUCAUGGUCGGACUGGAAAACAUGGGUAACUCGUGCUAUCUAAACUGCAUUAUCCAAUGUCUCUUGGGCAACAACGAAUUGAUCAAAAUAUUUUUAGAUAAUUCGUUCGAAAAAUAUGUCAACCUAAACAGCAAGUUGGGCUCGAAGGGUGUCCUCGCAAGGUACUUUUCAAGGCUGAUUCAUACAAUGUACAACAACGCUCGUACAAUUAAGCACGGCGGGAAGCAUGCUCCUGUAAAGCCUGCCCAGUUUAAGAUGGCAUGUGGGUCCGUCAACUCUGCGUUCAAAGGUGGCUCGCAGCAAGAUUGCCAAGAAUUUUGCCAGUUUUUGUUGGAUGGGCUGCAUGAGGAUUUGAAUCAAUGUGGUGGGAAUAAAAGAUUGGCAGAACUGACAGAAGAGGCAGAGAACCUGCGAGAAAAACUGUCUUUGCGAAUCGCGUCUUCGAUUGAAUGGGAGAGGUUUCUCACCACCGACUUUAGUGUCAUUGGAGAUUUGUUCCAGGGCCAGUACGCUUCCAGGUUGCAAUGUAAAACCUGUGGAAAGACGUCAACGACAUAUCAACCUUUUUCCGUCUUGUCGAUACCUGUUCCCUCAAAGCAUAUAAGCAAAUGCUCCAUAAUUGACUGUUUCGAUGAGUUUACUAAAGUGGAAAAUCUGGAGGUUGAUGAGCAAUGGUCAUGCCCCCGGUGUAAAAGUAAACAACCGUCCACAAAGAAACUGACGAUAACAAGACUACCUCGCAACCUGAUCAUUCAUUUGAAAAGGUUUGACAAUAGGUUGAAUAAAAAUAAUAUUCUGGUACAGUAUCCAUUCACCUUGGAUCUGACAACUUUUUGGGCUAACGAUUUUGAUGGGAAAUUACCACUCAACGUCUCAGAACUGCCCACGAGGGGUCAAAAGCCGCCGUUCAACUAUAAAUUGUACGGCGUUGCAUGUCAUUUUGGCAGUCUCUACGGUGGUCACUAUACGGCUUACGUGGAUAAGGGUAUAAAGAAUGGUUGGUACUACUUUGAUGACACUAGCUGUAGACCAAUCAAGAAUAGUAUGGAACCGAUUACGUCGAGUGCCUAUGUGUUGUUCUACAAAAGAAUUUACGGUGCAAGUUACUAA